GUUUCCAGAAGAACGUUAUAGUUAGCGAUCAUCGAAUUCUGCUAUGGCUACUAGGGGAUCAAUGCUUAUAAAAAGAAUAAGCGGCGCGGCACUGCGAAGAAAACACACGCCUUUGCCGGCUAUCCGCCUUCCUUCCCUUCCAGCCGUUCCAGCUGUCUUUGUAGGCUCUCGUCGUGGCAAAUCAACGAGCACAACCAAAGGCAAAGGCAAAGAAAGAUACAACUUCAAUACCUCUAUUGAAUUUAGCAAUGAACCUGACCCUGAUCAUGUCAACUGGAGGAAAGUCACUGCUGCCGAUCUCGCCGCGAGAAAAGAGCCUCCUACUCGAGUGAAAAUGCUUGUUCGAGAUUUCAUAGAUGAUAGUUUAUACAAUCCGAAUUACGGCUACUUUUCUCACCAUGCCACCAUCUUCACACCCCCGAAAGAUGGAUUCGACAUCAUCUCUUUCAGGGAUGUCGCACAUUUCCAAGAAACUGUGGCCGAACGAUAUGAAAGGGAGUAUGGUUUAGAGCCUACCGAAGGUGCUCAAGGCGGUCUUGGAAGGCAGGUUUGGCACACACCAACAGAAUUGUUCAAGCCUUACUACGCUCGCUCUCUAAUAUCAGCUAUAGUUCAAUCUUAUAAACUUUACCACUUCCCCUCCGAGCCUCUUAUUAUCUACGAGAUUGGAGCUGGUAACGGAUCAUUCAUGAUCGACUCUCUCACGUAUCUGCGGGACCAUCAUCCCGAUGUGUUCGCGCGCACAAAAUAUAGAAUCAUAGAAAUUAGUUCAGCACUUGCUAAGGGACAGCGCGAAAGAGCUGAAAAGGAGGGAUUCGGUAUGAAAGUUCAGGUUUUGAAUAAGGAUUUCUUCCAGUGGGAUGGUGUAGGAGGAGGAGAUCAACCAUGUUUUGUUGUCGCUCUUGAGGUCUUCGAUAACUUUGCUCAUGAUAUGGUUCGGUAUGAGCUCGACACAUUGACGCCUCGACAAGCAGUGGUAGGCAUUGACGCUUCUGGUGAUUUUACCCUCUUGUACGAGACUAUAAACGACCCCCUUAUCUCUCGCGUCUUGUCUUAUAAUCGCCUUCUUCCCCAAUCUUCGUCAACUCUUCCUCCGCUACCUUAUCCCCUUCUGUACUCUGAAACAUUACGCAAGGCAUACGCGUCGAUGCCAUUUGCUCCUAAUCUUUCCGCUCCAGAUUUCCUGCCCACUAAGGCGGUUCUCUUUGCAGAAAAAUUGAGGGAAAAGUUGCCGGGACAUAGAUUGCUCAUGGCCGACUUCGAUGAAUUGCCCGAUGCAGUGGGAGGAAGAAACGGACCAGUAGUACAAACGAGGUAUGGGAAUAGCAUGAUUCCCUGUGAAACUUUCUUGGUGAAGCAGGGAUACUUUGACAUUUUCUUCCCUACAAACUUUGAGCACUUCCGUGAUCUUUAUUCAAUCAUUAUGAAUUCCCCUUCACGCAUUACCCCAUCGCCCUCUUCAACCCCGGACUCUCCUUCGUCCUUGCCAUCAAAAAUCAAGCAAGAUUUCUUCUCCCACUCUUCAGGUGUGAAAGGGUUCCGGCGCCGCAAUAUUGGCAUUUACACCCAUGCCGAUUUUUUGGCAAAAUAUGGGGGAAAGGAAAUCUUGGACAAAACCACUGUGAAAGAUGGUGCCAACGUGAUGACGGCGAUGUACAAAAAUGCGAAGAUGAUGUUUUGAGGAUGAAUGCCUUUGACUGGAAAACAAGCUGCGAGUGAUACCACGCACAAAGCUGCCCCAGCUCUUUGACAUAUUUAUGCUCAUGUGUAUUGCAAGUGGAAAACUGAUACACGAUACAACGUAAUGUCAUCCACAAGUACUAACCACGCCUGCCUCUCUUCCGUAUUCCCACAACGACCCUCUCCCUGGCUGUCCCCAACCCUUUCUCUUCCCAGCGAGCGGGUUUAACUCUACUCCUCUCAGAUAAUAGUGAUAUAGGAUCAUGUAAGAUUUCUUCUGAUGAUUGAGGGCGUUCGGUGGAGCUUCCCGAAAGAGAAG